UAAUAAAAAAUGUCAGAACUUGAAACAAAAUAUGAGAAUGGCGGCACGGAUAGACAAAGCAACUGCUUGCUCUGUGACAAAUUGGCGAUGGCGUAGCACGCGUACUAACAGCAAUUGCUUCCCCUGACAGAUCCUUUCUGAGGGGGGAUUCGCGGUAUCAGACGGGGAAAAUAUUGCAAAUAUUACCGUCUUCUUUCGAGAAUAUUCUAAUUUAUUGUCCUUGGGUCCGUCCCGAGGUCAGUUCGGGCCCACAGGUGUCUGAUACGGCAAAUUCUGUUCUUUCCCCUUGUGAUUCUCGCGCACCGCACAAUUAAGAACAUGAAAUUCUGAGCGCUUUGUCCAGAAAGCCCCCUGCUCCAGCGAUGAUAAGUCCAAACCCUGAUUGGAAAAAGGUUAAAGUGAGAGUUUAUAAAAGCUCGACCCGAAUUACUAUAAUCGGCUCAUGUCCGAGCCAGAUUUCCGUAAACGCGGUAUAUUUUUAAUAGCAAGAUAUUUUUUAGUCUUGAUUCUUGAUUCAUGCCCCUUGGCUCUGUAGAUACGGAGAAUUGAAUGCUUUCCCCCAAUUAUCCUCCAUAACUUUAUAUUUUCUUGAUCCAGCCAGACCUUUCUUUUGGAAUUUGACGUAGUUUUCAAAGAUCGGUUGAGAGGCGAACCUAGGAUUUCUCAUGUGCAUAUUAGGGUAUUCUACUAUAUAACUAUCAGCUCUCUUUGUAACCAAGGCGUUCUGGUAAUCUGCAUAUUACAAAUCUUAUGAUGAAGAUAUUCAUCCCCUUUUGCUCUAGAGAUGCGAAGAUUGGAAUUCCUGACCCUUUAACAUUUGCUCUGGAGAUACGAAGAUUCGAAAUCCUGAGCCUUUAAUCCUCCGUAACUAGUUAAAAGGAACGGGUCAGUGAACAUGUCAAAGGCAUUCCACUUGGGACCGCAAGAACGGCUGCGUUCUCUGGUUGGAGCGAAACGCUGGGAUUAUCUCAUUUACUGGAAUAUCAGCGAUGAUCAACGGUGCCUGGAAUGGAUCGGUUGCUGUUGUAGUGGUGCAGAUCAAUCGGGUCAGGGAUUUCAAAAUCCUUUGUCAGAAUCACACGUUUUCUUUUCACCUCGUUAUUUUGAAGGAUGCGGGUGCCGGGAUUUGACGGUUCAACAUCCCAGAACUACAGCAUGCGACCUCUUGGCAGACUUUCCUUCCUCAAUUCCAUUAGACGCAGGGAUUCAAGGACAGGUGUUCUUAUCAGGGCAACCGAGGUGGAUGAACUUUCCGAACAUUGCAGACCCUAACGCUGGACAGGACGCAGUGCAAACUAAAGUCCUCAUCCCUGUCAGGAACGGCCUUGUAGAGCUCUUUGUUUGCAAACCUGUAGCAGAGAACGCAUCUCUAGUACAAUUUGUAUUGACAGAAUUCGAUCUGUGGCUUCCCCAAAUGUUUGCAGAGUCCAACAAUUUGUUCGGCGUGUCAGGGUCAGCAGGCGGGGGAUUUGGAUCCGUGAGUGAAACUGCUAGUACGUUGCCUUGGCUCCCUGUAACAGCGACAGAUUCUUCGGUGCCUUGGGACUCCUCGGCUGCUGACAGGGCUUUAUCAGAGUCCCAACUGUCCAUUCAUCUCAACUUUCUCGGUCAACAACUGCAAGAUAGUAAUAAUAACAAGCCCCUCAAGAACGACUACUUUGAAGGCUCUGCUGACUCCAUCAAUCAUUCGGAUAAACCCACCAACGAUCACCCAUUACAACAAGACAAUAACAAUAUUCAGGCUGCUGCUGCAAGCUUACAUAUACCCAUCAUGAGGACCAGUUCUCAGCUCUCUAAGGAAAACCAUGAUAAAGAGGUGAAGCACGAAUUUAUACGAGCAGAUUCCUCAGACUGCAGCGAUCAGAUGGAGGAUGAUGUUGACGAUCAGAAAGUGGUUGGUCGUUCCGGAAGAAGACAUCUCUCCAAAAAUCUUGUAGCUGAAAGAAAAAGGAGGAAGAAGCUCAAUGAACGGCUCUAUGCCUUGCGUGCCCUAGUCCCCAAGAUCACCAAGAUGGAUAGGGCCUCUAUAUUGGGGGAUGCUAUUGAUUAUAUCAAGCAACUGCAGCAACAGGUGAAAGAACUGCAGGAGGAACUAAACGAAAUGGACAUGCAAGCGGCCAACCCUAGCUCUCCUAAUUUCGAAAAUGGUGUGCAACAGACUAUAGAAGAGGAAACCCUUGCAAGAUGCUCAGCGAAGUCAGAUGUCACUAAACCCACAGUGAAUGAGCCCACAGAAGAGAUGGUUCAUACAAUGCAGAUUGAUGUAAGCCAGGUGGAUACACACGUUUUCAACCUGAGAAUAUUCAGUGAGAAGCGAGAUGGUGGUUUUGUUAGACUGAUGCAAGCAAUGGAUAGAUUAGGGCUUGACAUUUUGAACGCCAAUAUCACUUCCUUCAGAGGCCUGGUUCUGAAUGUGUUCAACGCAGAGAUGAGGGACAAAGAAAUAAUUCAAGCAGAGCAAUUGAGAGAGUCCCUGCUGGAAAUGACGCUACACCCGUCAUCAUCAUCAGGUGAGGCUGCAGCUUCCGAUCAUCAACAGCGUCACAUGAUGCAUCACACCAACUGAACUCAUCAUUUCUACCAUUUACUCUCAACACUCAUAUUCUUGACUUUUUAUUCUUCAUAAUGUGCCCUACUGCUAUUAUUCCUCUCCUUUUUCUUCAUUGCAGCUACUGUAACUUAUCUUCUUUGGGUCUCCUUUUAGUCUGCUUUUAUGUUUGUGUGCUUUUAUUCAGUUUCUAGAGGCUAGAAUUUGAGAAUAGAAAGGCUAAUGUUUAACAGAUAGGCGGCAUGAAAUGCUUAAGCCUCCACCUUGUAGUCAGAGAUUAGAGGCUAUAAACUGAUUUAUAUCAGUAACAUACACUACUUGUGUAAAUAUUACAAGUAAUAUUCCGCAUUUGAAGCAUCUUGUGUUUCAAUGGAAAUUGAAGUACAGCAUAUCAUCUUCUUACUUAAUGUUAUUGUAUGUAUACUUAAAUGUA